AUGGAUCUGAGUCUCUUGGGCUUGCCAGAUGCACUCCAAGGUCGCAGCAAGAUCCUGCAGGGAGCGCGGGGCAGGGGCCCGGUCUUGCGUCGGCAGCGGGAGUUCCUGCCAGAAGAGAAGAAGGACACGGUUUACUGGGAGAAGCGGCGGAAGAACAACGAAGCGGCCAAGAGAUCCCGGGAGAAGCGACGUCUCAAUGACCAGGCCCUGGAGGGCAGGCUGGCCGCAGUGCUCCAGGAGAACGCUCUGCUCAGGGCUGAGCUGAAGGCUCUCAAGUGUCACCUUGGCCUCCUGUCUCCAGCUGGUAGCGCCCGGAGCCUGCCCUUGCAGGCCCUGCUGUGGGCGUCCCCCUGGACGGAACACCCCCUGCCUGGGGCUGGACCACUCCCAUCUCUGCCUGGCUCCCAUGGCUGCGUCUUGAGGCCGUGCUGCCUGGAUGCUGGGGUUCCAGGAUGCCAGGCCUGCCAAGUGGCUCACAAGUGGACUGGCCUGGCCACUUCCUCCAGGUUCCCCCAGGACCCGGCUCCCGCUGACCCCAAGAGAAUGGAUGUGGCCUUGCAAGCUGCCGUCCCAGCCACCUUCUUCAGCUGUCACAUCCUGGCCCCGGAGGCCCCCAGGCCAGGGGUGACCCCCAACUCAAUCCUGGUGAACAAGACCCUACAGCAGGACACCCGCAUGGUGGGCAACAGGUUGCCACCAAAGACCAGCGCGGUGGUCAUCGACAUGGGCACCGGCACCUGUAAGGUGGGCUUCGCGGGGCAGGCCCGGCCCACCUACACCGUGGCCACCAUCGUGGGCUGCCAGCCCAAGAAGCCAGCCACCGCGGGCCAGAUGGUGCUGGAGACUUUCAUUGGCCAGGCCGCCCUCGCGCGCCCAGAGCUGACGCUGGCCAAGCCCGUAAGGAACGGCAUCCUGGUGGACUGGCUGGCGGCGGAGUUCAUCUGGCGCCACCUGCUGGAGCACGACCUGGGCAUCGCCACCCAGGACCACCCGCUGCUGUUCUCCGACCAGCCCUUCAGCCCCUCCACCAACCGCGAGAAGCUGGUGGAGGUGGCCUUUGAGUCGAUGCGCUCCCCCGCCAUGUACGUGGCUUCGCAGCCCGUGCUGUCUGUCUACGCCCACGGGCGGGUCAGCGGGCUGGUGGUGGACAUGGGCCACGGAGUCACCUCCACGGUGCCCGUCUUCCAGGGCUACCACCUGCCCCACGCCACCGAGCGCCUGGACCUGGCGGGCACCCACCUGACUACCUUCCUGGCGGAGAUGCUGCUGGGCUCCAGCUUGCGGCUGGGGCAGCAGGACCUGGACGUGGUGGAGAAGAUCAAGCACAGCUAUUGCUACGUGGCCCCCGACUUCCAGAAGGCACAGGCCCAGCCCGAGCAAGAGUGCCGGCGGGGCCUGCAGCUGCCCGACGGCCGGACGGUCACGCUGGGUAAGGAGCUGUUCCAGUGUCCAGAGCUGCUGUUCAGCCCCCCGGAGAUGCCCGGGCUGUCGCCCGUGGGCGUUCCCACCAUGGCCGAACGGAGUCUUAGCAAGGUGGCCCCGGAGGUGCGGGCCGGAAGCCGCGUGGUGGUGGCGGCCGCCCAGCCCUCCCGGAACUUCUCGGUGUGGAUCGGGGGCUCCAUCCUUGCCUCUCUGCCGGCCUUCCAGUCCUGCUGGGUCCUGAGGGAGCAAUACGAGGAGCAGGGGCCCCACAUCGUGUACCGCAAAUGCUACUGA